UCUUCCUUUUUCUCUCUCCUCCCCUUUCUCUCCAGUGUCCCGAUUCCCAAGGCAUUUGGCGGUUCUUCACCGGACUCUCUCUUUCCUCGUCGAAACCCUAACCCAAAAAUAUCCGGGCCAGGAAUCGAUCCCGUUGUUUCUCUCGAAAUCGAUCGCGGCGGUCGCCGAUUAGCGUCAUUCGAUCGAAGCUCCGAGACCUUCCGGCGCACUGAUCCUGCCCGCUUGGGUUCCUGGAAUCGUGGAAAUCGAGUGUUUUUUUUGAGGCAUGGGGUUGUGCAGAUGAAGGAUGCCGGAGCUCCGUAGCGGAGUUCGCAGGGGCCGGGCGCAGGCGAACCCAGUAGUCCAGGCUGAUCGGCCGAACACGAGGCGGCGGCGGGCGGCGAGGAACCAACAGCCGGUGGAUGAGAACCCUCCCGUGACGAGGUCUGCUGAGCGGAGAGAGGAGAUCAGGCUUGCGGAGGGCGGCGGCGAGGUUGGUGGACUCGUCGGGGAGGAGAAUCUGGAAGGAGUUGGCGAGAGGAGGAUGGAUGAAUGUGACAGUGGUGCAAGGAGCGCCGAUAAGCUUCCCGGUGGAGAGGAGGAGGGGAGCACGGCUCCCCUUCCGGAAAAGGUCCAAGUUGGAAAUUCACCGGUGUACAGAAUUGAAAGAAAACUAGGGAAAGGAGGAUUUGGGCAAGUAUAUGUAGGACGGCGGAUUUCUGCUACUAAUGCAAAUGAUAGAAUUACUGGUUCUGGUGCUGUAGAGGUAGCACUGAAGUUUGAGCACAGGAGCAGUAAAGGUUGCAAUUAUGGGCCACCUUAUGAAUGGCAAGUGUACAACACUCUUGGUGGUAUCCAUGGGGUUCCACGAGUCCACUAUAAAGGACGCCAAGGGGAUUAUUAUAUCAUGGUUAUGGAUAUGCUGGGACCGAGUCUAUGGGAUGUAUGGAAUAACAAUUCACAUACAAUAUCAGUUGAAAUGGUUGCAUGUAUUGCUAUUGAAGCGGUAUCUAUACUGGAGAAAAUGCAUUCUAAAGGAUAUGUACAUGGGGAUGUCAAGCCUGAGAAUUUCUUACUUGGGCCACCUGGGACUUCUGACGAGAAGAAACUGUUUCUUGUCGAUCUUGGCUUAGCCACCAAGUGGAAGGAUAGUGCAACUGGGCUGCACGUGGAAUAUGAUCAGAGGCCAGAUGUUUUCAGGGGGACAGUGCGCUAUGCCAGCGUUCAUGCUCACCUAGGAAGGACAGCUAGCAGGAGAGAUGAUUUGGAAUCCCUUGCAUAUACAUUAAUCUUUCUUCUCCGGGGCCGUCUACCUUGGCAAGGAUACCAGGGAGAGAACAAGGGCUUCCUUGUCUGCAAGAAGAAAAUGGCUACUUCUCCAGAUACUCUUUGUUGCUUCUCUCCCCAACCAUUCAAACAGUUCAUUGAGUAUGUAGUUAACUUGAAGUUUGAUGAAGAACCUAACUAUGCAAAGUGCAUUUCCUUUUUCGAUGGCAUAGUAGGACCUAAUCCAGAUAUCAGACCCAUUAACACUGAUGGGGCUCAGAAGCUUAUAUACCAGGUAGGUCAAAAGAGAGGCCGCCUGAUGAUGGAAGAAGAUGGUGAUGAGCAACCAAAGAAGAAGAUCAGAAUGGGAAUGCCUGCAACACAGUGGAUCAGUGUCUAUAAUGCCCGUCGGCCUAUGAAGCAAAGGUAUCACUACAAUGUUGCUGAUAUAAGGCUUGCACAACAUAUUGAGAAGGGAAAUGAAGAUGGUUUAUUCAUCAGCUGUGUUGCAUCUUGUUCAAAUCUGUGGGCACUUAUUAUGGAUGCAGGCACUAAUUUCACAUCUCAAGUAUACGAACUGUCCCCAAAUUUUCUUCACAAAGAAUGGAUAAUGGACCAAUGGGAUAAGAACUAUUAUAUCACUGCAUUAGCAGGGGCAAACAAUGGUAGCUCUUUGGUUGUGAUGUCCAAAGGCACACAGUAUGUACAACAGUCUUACAAAGUCAGUGAAUCAUUUCCUUUCAAGUGGAUAAACAAAAAAUGGCGCGAAGGUUUCUAUGUCACUGCAAUGGCAACCGCUGGAACUAGAUGGGGAGUUGUCAUGUCCCGUAACGCAGGCUUCUCAGAUCAGGUUGUCGAACUUGACUUUUUGUACCCUAGUGAAGGCAUUCAUCGAAGGUGGGAUGGUGGCUAUCGCAUAACUGCAACAGCUGCAACAAUGGACCAAGCAGCAUUUGUUCUUAGUGUUCCCAGAAGAAAGCCUACAGAUGAGACACAAGAGACACUUAGAACAUCUGCUUUUCCUAGUCAACAUGUGAAGGAGAAAUGGGCAAAAAAUCUUUACAUAGCAUCUGUCUGUUACGGCCGCACCGUUUCAUGAUGUUCCUUUUAAUAUUUUGGGGCGAACAGAGGUGUAAUCAACUUAUGUAAACAUUGUCAUCUUGUAUCUCAAAGGCUAGGAAUAUGCUAAAGACGCAGAAGGCAUGUGCCACUGUGUUUCGGCUAGAGAUUUCGAUUCGAUGUGCAGGCUUCAUCAAGUUUGUCGUGUCGACCAUGUCAUGCUGUACCAUUUUCAAGUCCUUCGGAUGCUUUGCAUGAUUUAUCGAAUCAGAGCUGAGUUGAUGGUGGGCAUCCUCAUCCUUAAACAUUGUUUCGAGUAGUCAAUAGAUGUUUAUUGGUAGGUGCUUUUCAGGAGUCAAAUGUCUGUAAGAUGUAAUGUGUACUUUAACUGAUAGCAUUGUUGCACCAUUUUGUGCUAUUAUUAGUAGUCAAAUUUUGGCUGGUUAUUUUGUAUGACUAGAAACAUAUAUUUAAAAUGUUACAAAUAUGAUCUGUUUUGUUAA